GUCCCAGAAUACCUCGCGAUUACGGCCAUGCUCGGCACUUUAGGGCGUUUGGGCCCCUCGGUCAGGCCUCCGGUUCCUUCUCCUUCUUUACCGCUAUUGCUGCCGCCCGCACGGGGCCGUAAGAGCCGCCAUGACCCGCCUGCCAAGUCCAAGAUCGGGCGCUUGCGAACCCCGACCCCCGUAGACCCCGCCGAGAUGUACGUGCUAAUGGAGCGUUAUAAGAGUUAUAAACAGACCGUGCGAGCACUCAGACUUGAGUUCAUGGAAGAGGUUUGGAGAAAAGCAAAUGACAAGAAGUUUGGGGGCCUGAAAGCUGUACAGGAUUCUGAGGAACACAAGCAGCUCAUGGCCUGGAACCAAGCAGAGAACGCUCGGCUUCAGGCGCUGAGGAUCUCAAGGUUUCAGCGGCAGGAGCAGGAGCAGGCCCGGCUCCGGGAGCUGGAGGAGAUGCAGGAGGCACAGGAAAUGGAAGCUUUCGUCCAAGAGAAGGAGAAAGAAGUGCUUCAGUUGCAGGAAGAUGUGAAAACAUUCAUUACUCAGGAUAAUUUAGAGGAGAAGAUUGAAGCCGCCCUUGACAAUCCCCGAAACUACAAUUGGGCCCUUACCAAGGAGGGCCACGUGAUUCGACCGCCCGGCGGGACAUAGGGCUGCCAGGAGUAGCUGCUGCCAGGCCCUGGGGAGCUGGAGCUCUUAUCUGUUUUCUCCACCCCACCACCCAUACCAGGCUUUCUCUGGCCUCCUUGCUCCUUACUGAUAAUUAAGGAAUAAGCAGGUACAGAAUAAAGGGAUGAUGCCUCUUUUGUAA